CCAUUCGAUUGCACUGGCCGAUUGUAAUUUACUUUGUGUGUGCGUACGUAUGACGUGACUGUGACUCAUAUAAGUCAUAUACUCAUACUUUACUAUAUUACAGCCAGUCGAACAGCAGAGCCGUGGAUGAGUAGGUGGUUGUUAAAUUGAGUUAAUUGUUAUCUAUACAAAAGUAUUCAGGAAGAUCUAAGCAUCUAAGAAAAAUUGCAAAUAAAAAUCACUCUUAAUAGAGCAAAAUGUUUCGCAGUUCGCUUAAUUUUGACAAAUUAUUAGAUAAAGCAACGAAUCCUUAUCAACUUGAACCUGACUGGGUAGCAGUACUUCAAAUAUGUGAUUUAAUACGUCAAGGAGAUGUGCAACCUAAAGCAGUACUUGCAGCCAUCAAAAAGAGAACAACAAAUAUAAAUCCACAUGUAGCUUUAUAUGCUCUAUUGGUUCUAGAAUCUUGUGUCAAAAAUUGUGGUACGCUUAUACAUGAUGAAAUUGGUACUAAGCAAUUCAUGGAACAACUUAAAGAAUUAGUGAAGACAACAACUUAUGAUAAUGUUAAACUUAAAGCUUUAGAAUUGAUUCAAGCCUGGGCACAUGCCUUUCGAAAUAGUCCUAAAUAUAGAGCAGUACAAGAUACACUUAAUAUUAUGAAAGCUGAAGGAUAUAAGUUUCCUACUUUAAAAGAAAGUGAUGCUAUGUUUAUUGCUGACACUGCCCCAGCAUGGGCAGAUGGAGAUGUGUGUCAUCGUUGUCGGGUAUCAUUUAGUAUGGUACAAAGAAAACAUCAUUGCAGAGCAUGUGGUCAAGUAUUUUGUAGUCAAUGUUCGAGUAAAGUAUCCACACUGCCUAAAUUUGGAAUUGAAAAGGAAGUUAGAGUGUGCGAAGCAUGCUAUGAAAAAGUUAAUAAACCAUCUACUGCUCAAAUUAAAGAGGGAGAUUUACCUGCUGAAUAUCUCAACAGCUCUUUAGCUCAACAACAACAAGUACCUCCCAGGAAAACAGCAGCAGAACUACAAGAAGAAGAAGAACUUAAUCUUGCCAUAGCCUUAAGUCAAAGUGAAGCAGAACAUCAAGAAAAAGAAAAAAAACGGGGAAGUCGUACAACAAAAGUAAACCCACCCAGCACACGCGUUGCGAGAGCAUCUUCUCCACCACCAUCACCUCAAGAAGAGACGGAGGUUGAUCCUGAGCUUGCAAAGUACUUGAAUCGCAAACGUUGGGAACUAAGACAAAGUGCAUUAGAAGAACAUAGUUCUAGAGCAGAUGUUACCAGUCCUUCUGCUCCUAAUAUAAGCAGUCCAAUGCCACAAAAAGUUAUAAUUGUUAAACAACAAAAUGGAGAAGUUGAUACUCAAAUGGAAGAAUUUGUUAAUGCCUUACGAUCUCAAGUUGAAAUUUUUGUUAAUAGAAUGAAAAGCAAUUCGUCAAGAGGCAGAUCAAUUGCUAAUGAUAGUUCUGUACAAACUUUGUUCUUAAAUAUUACUGCUAUGCAUUCAAGAUUAUUGAGAUAUAUUCAAGAACAAGACGAUAGUAGAGUAUACUAUGAAGGUCUUCAAGAUAAAUUAACACAAAUGAAAGAUGCUAGAGCUGCCUUGGACGCUUUGCGGGAAGAACAUAGAGAAAAAUUACGAAGACAAGCGGAAGAAGCUGAGAGGCAAAGACAAAUGUUGAUGGCUCAAAAAUUGGCGAUUAUGAGGAAGAAAAAACAAGAAUAUUUACAAUACCAACGUCAACUUGCUUUACAAAAAAUUCAGGAACAAGAAAGAGAAAUGCAAAUGAGACAAGAACAACAAAAGCAACAGUAUAUAAUGGGUGGCUAUCAAGCUGUCUCUGGUUUUAUUGGACCAUCUCAAGGUUCACCUGUUCGGCACGUCCAGUAUGAAACACCAGGAACUAACUACAACCCUAUGUCACCAACAAAUCAGGGAUUUAUAUAUGGACAACCUACUAUGAAACAAUAUCCUAUGCAAAGUUACAAUAUGCCACCUCAUGUAAUGGGGCCGAUAGCUAAUCAAGACCAACAGCCACCCGAUGCUGUUCAGGGGCAUGAAGGAAUGGGCCGAAUUUCUGUUUCUGGCCCAGGAAUGAUGUCUCAAAUUACAAAUCCCAUACCGCAACUUCAGCAGGCAGGUGGACAUCAGAUGGGACCGCCACCACAAGGUCCUCCAUCAAGUCAUAUAACGCAAACACAGCCUACACCGGUACAUUUGCCACCACAACAGGGUGCUCCACAAAUUACACAAUCAGGACCACCAACUCAGAUGGGUAUACCUCAGGUACCUCAGAGUCAUAUGGGUCCUUCACCUGCACAAAUAGGACCUGGAGCUCAUGGCUCCCCUGGACAAGUUGUUGGUUUGCCACCACAAAUGGGACCUCAGCAACCGUCUACGAUGUCAGGUCCUCAAGGACCCUCGAUGCAGUCUCAUGUUUCAAAUACACCUAUUUCAUCCCAAGGACCCUCGAUGCAGUCUCAUGUUUCAAAUACACCUAUUUCAUCCCAAGGAACAGGAACUAUCCAAGUACCUCCUGGAACUACGAUUGGAACGAUGUUAACAUCGAAUCCGCCGAUGCAAGGUCCUCAGGGAGCUAGUGUACCGACAAUGCAAGGUAUGGCCCAGGCCCCGGUAUCUCAAGGACAACAAUUACAGUACCAGCCACCAAAUUCUCUACCAGUCGCAUCAAAUGAACCCACACAAGUGAAAAAAGAUGCGAAACCGGAAACAGCAGAACUAAUUUCCUUUGAUUGA